AUGAAGGCACAGGCGGUGCUGUCCGUCAUCCUCAUUCUUGUACCAUCUCUAAGUGGAUUUCAUGAUACAUUCUUUUUAGCUUCCCCCGAUCUUGUUACUACUGAGGAAGAGCAAAUAGUCAUUGGAAGACUUGGAGAAGAUAUAAUUCUCCCUUGCUCAUUUGAAAGUGAGCCUGAAGUCGUAAUUCACUGGAAGAAUCAAGAUAACUAUGUUUACUCAUACUACAAAGACAGUGACUAUUUGGAAAAUCAAGAUCGCAGAUACACAAACAGGACAUCCCUCUUCCAUAGUGAAAUUCACAAUGGGAAUGCCUCUUUAUCUUUAAGAAGAUUAAGCCUUCUGGAUGAAGGAAUUUAUGUAUGCUAUGUGGGAACAACAUCUAGAAAAAUCAUAAAUAAAGUGGUACUAAAGGUGGGAGCUUUUGUCACACCUCUGAUGAAGUAUGAAAAGAGGAACACAGACAGCUUCUUAAUAUGUAGUGUGUUAAGUUAUCCUCAUCCACUUAUCACAUGGAAAACUGACAAUACAUCCAUCUCUGAAAGCAAUAUGGAAAAAAUUGAAUCUUCGGGUCAUUUUUAUGUUGACAGUCUGAUAAAUAUUACAGGAUCAAAUUUAUCUUAUGAAUGUGCUAUUGAAAACUCAUUACUGAAACAAACAUGGACAGGGGGAUGGGCAAUGAAAGAUGACCUUCAUAAAAUGCAAAGUGAAAAUUUUUCACUCUCAUGUGAACUUAAUAACAGUAUUUUUUUACUGGAUCAAGACUUCAAAGUCACUUGGUCCAAAGUAGAAAAAGAGACCUCCUCCACCCUGGCUUACUUUCUGAGCUCCUCACGAAAUACAAUUAUCUAUGGACCCCGAGUAUCCUGGAACAAAGAACAAAUAAACCAGACUGACUUUUCCUUGACUUUGAAGGAUCUUAUUCUUUCAGACAGUGGGGAAUACUUAUGCAAUAUUUCUUCAAGCAAAUAUACUUUCCUCACCAUCCAAGCACUGCAUGUAGUAGGAGAUACUACAGCAUUUGAAAAUGAAGCCCAGAUUGGGGGUGGAGGAAGUGAGGGUGACAAAGUAAGAAAAUGCUAUACCUUGCAGGACUUUCUUCAGGAGGAAAAAACAGAGUCAAAGCAGAACCACGUGGAUAAUUAUUCCAUCUUUGGUGAUUUUGGGUUUCCUGGCAAUUUGCAUAUUCUGUAUAUUAAAAAGAUACAAGUGUUCCAGGAGAGGCAGGCUAGUCUUGCUUAUUACUGGUUGCUCCUGUCCCUUAGCUGGCCAGAAGUAGAAAAAUAUGGGAAAUCACAGCUGAUGAGGUAUUUCUACACUGACUGCAUUUUUAAGGCUGUUUGUUGGAAGAAAGAUAUGAAAUGGGGAGUAACUGAGAAAGGUCUUCUGUCUAUACUGAGAGGGCCAACAUGGCUAAUGCAGAAGAGAGCAAGGCUCUUUCAGAACACCCAGCUAGUACAGGAAAUUAAGACAGGACUGUGUCAACACAUGAAGAGCAUCCUUAAUAUCCAGUGA